AUUAUAGAUGGUUGUGAGCCACCAUGUUGUUGCUGGGAUUUGAAUUCAGAACAUUUGGAAGAGCAACCAGUGCUCUUAACCUCUGAGCCAUCUCUCCAGCCCUCUGGGGAGGUUCUUGUGGCAGAUGGCAAGUGCAUAUAUAAGAGAGAGUGAUUACAUCACCCAAUAGGAAGCCAGAAAUUCAGGGGUGACCCCUGCAAUAGUCCUUUCCAAGGGUAGCAACUUCAGUGACAUAAGGACCUCCAAGUAGACUCUGACUUACCUCUUAAAGAUCUUUUUAAAAUUUAAAAGAUUUUAAAUGGCACCUCCACCCGUGUGUGUGUGUUGAGAGGUUAAAAAACAAUGGUCACAAAUGCCUGUACAUUAUCCUUUCCAAAUUGAGGCUAAUGGAUCUUUCUGUCACUUUGCUUCCACAGCCUGCCUCCUGCAUCUCACGCACACUUCUAGCCUGACAUGACCCCCUCCUUUUCAGUAUACUCCCCCUUUUCUAUCCUAACCAUAUACAUUCUGAAAGCACUGCCCAGUGACUCCUGGGACCAGGCCUCUGGUGGACUCCUGGCCUCAUGCUGUCAAGGUGGGUCUUUGGGAGGUAAGAUCAGCAGAAAGGGCGCCCUCAGGUAGCAACUGCCUUUCGCCUGUCUGGCAUUUUCAAGGGCAGAAGAAGAAGACUGAACCCAGACCUGAGAUGGAGUCCAGGCUGGUUCUUGGGGUCUCCUGGGCACCGAGUGGGUAGGGUAUGUCCAUCAUUACGCUCUUAGUCUGCGCAAGUGCAGUCACAGUGAUCCAACUUCCUUUCCUAACAAAUGUCUCUCAGUAGUAAAGAUCAACUCAUCGUUUCUAUUUUUUGAGACUAGCUCAGGCUGGCCUUGAUCCCAAAGCAAUCCUCCUGCUUCAGCUUCCUAAGUGCUGGAAUUACAGGCAUGAACCACCAUGUCUGACUUAACUCACUACAUUUUAAUAUUUAUAUAAUAUUUGAAGGCAUAAGCAGUUUGCCUCUGUACCUCCCUGAAUAUGCCUGAUCUUGUCCGAAGUUAUGAGCAGACUAUAAAUCAUUAAACCCUCCUCCAUUGGUGAAUAUUCAAAAGUGCAGGUAAGUGUUGUUACCAUUGUUUCACUAUCCACCUUUUUGUCAAUGGGCCAGUGAUUCUGGUGAUUUGGCUUUGAUUUGAUUUGAUGUGGAAUUUAUGGCAGAAAAAAAAAAGGACAGCACUCUGUCUUUUCCUUAGACAGGACUCCACUGCUGCCUGAGUCACAGCUGCCCUUGUGACAUCAUGAGUCACCCUCUGCUCUCAGCUCAUGCCAAUCCUGGAACAGCACAAACCUGAGGGGAUUUGAACCAUCUACACCCAGUCCAUGUAUGAACAAUGGAUGAAAAACAGUCAAAGCCUGAAGACCUUAAAGAACCUACUGGCCAUGUUCCUCGGGAGAAGCAGCCAGAUGAUCUAUCCUCAGACACGAAGAAGGCAAAGCCCCAGAAAAAACAGGAUCUCUCUGACAAGACCUCAGUUAUAAAGAUCCAAGCGUGGUGGCGUGGCACACUGGUCCGUCGGGCGCUGCUGCACGCAGCCCUCAGGGCCUGGGUCAUCCAGGGCUGGUGGCGGCUGAUCCUGACGAAGAUGAUGGAGAAGAAGCGUCAGUCGGUACUGGAUGCCUUCCAACGGGAGCAGUGGGCAGUGGUCAGGGUGCAGUCCUGGAUCCGCAUGUGGCGAGUCCGCAGGCGGUACUGCCAGGUGCUUAGGGCUGUCCGAAUCAUCCAGUCUCACUGGAGGUGCCACAUCUGCGCUUCACGGGGUGUCAUCAAGGGCCACUACCGAAUUACGGCCAGCCAGAUGCAUCUUGAGCUGGAGAUCUUACUGGGCUCGGGGCCUUGUAUUGUGUCCGAGUGUAUUCCCCUCCCAAUAAAGCAGUGA